GAAUGAAUAUAUUCAUUGCAAUAAUUGGAGAUAAUUUUAUAUUUUGUAUAUUAAGUUAUUUACCUAAGUUACCCCACCUAAUUAUUCAAGAAAGCUAAGUGCCGUAAGUGCUGCUUCAUUUUGGUUGAUAGGCCGGGACUUGCCACCAAAAACGUAGGUCGCUUCCGAACGAGUUUCGCCAACAACAAGGCUUCCUACUGCCUGUAUCUUAAUGUAUCCCACCGAAGAGUAAAUUAACUAAUUCCUGAUCUACCCGCCGAGUCCUGCACGAAAGCUGGUCGCUGGACCUGAUCGCCGGUCGGCCACUGAGCUAUGGAUUAACCUAAGGUAGCAGCCAGGAUUGAACCGAUUACCACAUCGGCAUGUUGACCAGAGAAUAUUUUUGGUCGUGAUUGGAUGGCGGGAGUCUCCAGCGUGCAACUGAAAAAGCAAGAGAACAACCCUUAGAACACCUGAGAAGGCACUUCUAGGGACUUGUUGAAGAUUUAUAGUCGCAAUAGAUUUUCUUAAGUGUGCCAUCGCGAUGGCUGCACCAGCAGCCUGUACGCGUUUUUCGGACAACUACGACAUCAAAGAAGAACUGGGAAAAGGGGCAUUUUCAAUAGUUAAAAGAUGCGUCCAAAAGUCAACUGGAUUUGAAUUUGCUGCAAAAAUUAUAAAUACAAAAAAGUUAACUGCAAGAGACUUUCAAAAAUUGGAACGUGAAGCAAGGAUCUGCAGAAAAUUACACCAUCCCAACAUAGUGCGAUUGCAUGACAGUAUACAGGAGGAGAACUAUCACUACCUUGUUUUUGAUCUUGUAACUGGUGGUGAACUUUUCGAAGAUAUUGUUGCACGCGAAUUUUAUUCAGAGGCUGAUGCAUCACAUUGUAUUCAACAAAUAUUGGAAUCGGUCAAUCACUGCCACCAAAAUGGUGUGGUGCAUCGAGAUCUGAAACCAGAGAAUUUACUAUUAGCUAGUAAGGCAAAGGGUGCAGCAGUGAAACUCGCUGACUUUGGUCUAGCCAUUGAAGUUCAAGGCGAUCAUCAGGCUUGGUUUGGAUUUGCUGGCACUCCAGGAUAUCUGUCGCCAGAGGUAUUGAAAAAGGAGCCCUAUGGCAAAUCGGUAGAUAUAUGGGCAUGUGGAGUUAUUCUUUACAUACUUCUUGUUGGUUACCCACCAUUCUGGGACGAGGAUCAGCACCGACUGUACUCGCAGAUUAAAGCAGGAGCUUAUGAUUAUCCGUCUCCAGAAUGGGAUACGGUGACCCCAGAAGCAAAAAAUCUUAUCAAUCAAAUGCUCACAGUAAAUCCAAAUAAACGAAUAACCGCCGCCGAGGCUUUAAAGCACCCAUGGAUUUGUCAACGAGAACGCGUGGCUUCCGUUGUGCAUCGACAAGAAACCGUAGACUGUCUCAAGAAGUUUAAUGCGCGUCGUAAGCUAAAGGGAGCCAUACUUACGACCAUGCUGGCUACCAGAAAUUUUUCCAGCAGAAGUAUGAUUACCAAAAAGGGUGACGGAUCUCAAGUUAAGGAAUCUACAGAUUCUUCUAGCACUACCCUUGAAGACGAUGACAUUAAAGAAGAUAAAAAAGGAAUCGUUGAUCGCAGUACCACAGUCAUAUCAAAAGAGCCAGAAGAUAUAAGGAUACUGUGUCCUGCAAAAACUUGCCAGCAAAAUACAGGAAACUCGCAGUGCUCGUCAGCAGCUAGACGACAAGAAAUAAUAAAGAUUACUGAACAGUUAAUUGAAGCGAUUAACAGUGGCGACUUUGAUGGAUACACCAAAAUAUGUGAUCCCCAUUUAACUGCCUUCGAGCCAGAAGCUUUGGGUAAUCUUGUCGAAGGAAUUGAUUUUCAUAAAUUUUACUUUGAAAAUGUUCUUGGUAAGAAUUGCAAAGCUAUAAACACAACCAUAUUAAAUCCUCACGUGCACUUAUUGGGUGAAGAGGCCGCGUGCAUUGCCUAUGUCAGACUUACACAGUACAUUGAUAAGCAAGGACAUGCACACACCCAUCAGUCUGAGGAAACACGCGUAUGGCACAAACGCGACAACAAAUGGCAAAAUGUUCACUUUCAUCGAAGUGCAUCUGCCAAAAUAAGCGGAGCUACUACAUUCGAUUUUAUACCCCAAAAGUAGUGGGCGUUAGUCAAUGGAAUAUGAACUGUCAUUAUGCACAUGAAUAAAAGUGCUAUAUUUAUAAUUAGAGGACGCAAUAGUAUUUGCGAAUAAAGUUGUUAGUGCGAAUUUUAUUAUUUUAUUUAUUUGAAUUCAAGUGUUUUGUGUCCCCUGUUAUUCUCUGUUAAAAUAUACUGUAAAAUUAAAAGCAUGUAUCGCAUUUCAGAUAUCCCCUAGAAAUAUGGUCACUUUAUAAAUUAAAAGAACAAACAACACAAAUAUAAAAAAUUCAACAUAAUAUUGGUACAUGAAAUAUUUAAAGUAAAUAUCGCUGUACCAAUCAUAAGAUUGUAAAUUUGAAUGGUGUCAAGGAAAGAAACAAGUUUAUCAUUUAACUAAAAUUGAUAUCAAUCUUAAAAUAAAAUUAAUAACUUUGUAUCUAUUGGAAUAAGAAAGAAAAUAAUUCCAACCACUUUACGUAAUCUUCUAAAAAUAAUGCAAACAAUUUAAAAAGCAUGUAUCACUUACUAGGAUACAAAUAAUCAUUUGUUUGUGCAGUCCGCUUAUUCUCGUUCUUCAAGUAUAUACACACAUGCAUAGCUUAUUAAAAUGUGUGAAUUCAGGCGAAUACAAAUUACUCAAGUUAGCAUUAACGAUUUAUAAAACUGUAAAGCAUUAGGUAACUCAAUGUAGCAUUAUAAAUUUUGAAAAAUUAAGUACAUGAAAAACAAAAUAAAUUAGCUAACUGAAAUAUAAAAUUAAGCCGAAUUAAUUAAAAAUAUGCGAUUACUUCAAGUUCACUAGAUGACUUAAAUCUACAUAUGUAUGUUUAUUUAUGUUGCCUUUCUGGUCGCAUGGCAUAUAACAGAAUAUAAAGGUGUCCUAAAAAUAGAAGUGACUGUACAGACAACAUACAGAAAUGCAGACAUCUGGUUCCCAAAAUACCGGUAAUUCGACUUACAUACGUCACAUUUAUGGAGGUAUUUAAUUAUGUAUCUCUUACGGCCGAUUAAAUAAUUACCUAAUACUUUUAAAUAUGUUUCCGCUCGAGUGGGACUGUAGUGCCGCUUUUGGUAUAUGUAUAUGUUAUUGUUAUAUUGUAUAAUUAUUUUUGUGCAACCUUGUCGUAAAGAUACAUUGAAUUGUCUUACAAAGAACCUUUAAAGUUAUUUUAAAUGGUCCUUGGGACCUAUCUAGUUAGAUACCGACAUAUGUGCAAAAAAAACGCAACAUUACAGUUAAAUACAAAUUAUUAUUUUAUUUUCUUCCUAUUUUAUUUUUUGAUCAAAUUUCAAUGUUAAACACCUUUGCUAUAUAAUAUUUAUAAAGAAAUCUAAUAUUUAUCAACUAUUGAUGAAAGCCAUAAAUAAUAUGUUCAGGGGGGGCGGGGCACAGAAUUCGCAGAGCGCUCAUUCAUCGUACGUUUUUUAUGUUAAUCAAUAUAAAUUUUACACGAUUUAGCGCUGAAAUGAUUUCUGUGGAACCCCCGCGUUCAACAAUUCUCCUUACUUUCGAAUUCAAAUAUAAAUAAAAUGUGUACUAGGUUAAGUCCCUUUA